AACCAGUCUUCGUUCGUUGUCGUGGACAGUCAAGACCACAAAUAUUUCAUACUCAUCUUUUGCGUCAAAACAUGAGGGGCUGUAUGUCUACAACACUGUGCUAUGUCUUGGCUCUUUGUCUGUACGCUUAUACCCUUGGGGCUCUGGAGCUGUGUCAUCUUGACCAGACAUACGACAUAGGGUAUACACUGUUACUCUCGUCGUACUUCUCUGUGAAACGUUCCUCACUGUAUUCUUGUGCAGCAAAAUGCAAGGCGCAUCGGCUCUGCAGGUCUGUUAACUUCCGUCUUGAUGACAGGAAAUGUUUCCUGAACUGGCGAAACAAAAGGGGCAGUGGAUCGGGCCUGCUUGUCGAGAGUCCACUCUUUGCAUACUCCGAACGUUCGCGGUGGCCCAAGGAAAUAACCGGGCCGUGCUCCAAAAAAUAUUGCAGCCCUGCCAAGCGGUGUACUGUACAGAGAACAGGAAAAGCCAUGUGUGGAUCCUUACUCCUGCAUGACUUUGACACCAAUUCAGAAUAUGAACUUGUCCAUUUGAAAAAGACUUGGAAUGACGCAAAGGAACACUGCGAAAUUGGGGGCGGUCGCCUUGCUAAAGUCGACACACCUGCAAAGUACACAUUUCUGGAACUGUUUGCAAACAUGACAGGGCAAAAUGAAACGGAAAUAUUCCUUGGCGGAUCGGAGGAGGACUUCACAGGGGAUUGGAGAUGGGUCGAUGGAACGUCGUUCAAUUAUUCUUUCUGGCAAGAAGGGCAACCCGAAGAUGAGAAGGAGAAAAACUGUCUCUCUGUCUGCUUUUCAACAGGGUGGGGCGGCCCGAGCUGUUUGAAAAAGAAGGCAUUCAUGUGCGAGAGAAAAUUGUAAAGCGUAUGGGCAGGUAGAACAGUUGAACCUGUUGAAUGACUUUCGGAGGUGUUAAGUCAUGUCAUCGAUCCCAGUUGAGUGGAUGGAUACUCAUGAUAUCAAUCACUGGAUUGUCUGGUCCAGACCCGAUUAUUUACCGACUGCCGUUUGGUUUGUUGUUUAACG